AUGAUCAAGACAAGACAGAAUCUCCUCUCUCCUUCACCACUUCCACGACCUAACCCUCCCAACACAAACUUUGAUCUAAACAGUGAGAUAAGUCCAAGCAUUCUCCUAAUAAUCAUAAUCCUCUCCAUCAUCUUCUUCAUCUCCGGUCUCCUCCACCUCCUAGUCAGAUUCCUCCUCACACCAUCAAACAGAGACAGAGAAGAUUACUUUGACAACGUCACUGCCCUCCAAGGCCAGCUUCAACAGCUUUUCCACCUCCAUGACUCAGGAGUAGACCAAUCCUUCAUCGACACGUUACCUGUUUUUCAUUACAACUCCAUCAUCGGUCUCAAGAACUACCCAUUUGAUUGCGCCGUGUGUCUCUGCGAGUUUGAAACAGAAGACAAGCUAAGGCUGUUGCCUAAAUGUAGCCACGCCUUUCAUGUUGAUUGUAUCGACACGUGGCUUCUCUCUCACUCGACUUGUCCCUUGUGUAGAUCAUGUCUCCUCUCUGAUCUAUCUCCUCAGCGAGAUCAUCGUCCUUCAUUUCUCCUCGUUCUUGAAUCGGGUAGUGAACAUAGCUCGAGAGAGAUUGCUUGUGUGGCUGACAAUGAUGUGCAUACUAAUGAUCAUUCAAGAUCCAGUUCUUUUGUUGGAAACAAUGAUAUUGGACCGACCCGGUUGGAUUCGGGUCGUGGAGACCAAUACCAAGAUGGUGAGUUGGGUGGUUCGGUUGUUCCUUUUGAAGUUAAGUUAGGUAAAUUUAGGAACAGUGAUAUUGAAGAAGGAAGUAAUAGUAACAAUAACAUUGGUAAUAGUAAUAGUAAUAGUAACAAUAACAUUGGUAAUAGUAGUAGUUUAGAUGAGAGGAGGUGUUUUUCAAUGGGGUCAUAUGAGUAUAUAAUGGAUGAAGAAACUGCACUUAAGGUUAAUGUUUCAACCAAGAAAGUACCAAGCAAGAAAGGUCGUUUGGCCGGCCAUAGGACGGCUAUGUCCGAAUGCGGGUUUGAUCCAUCAGGGAGGUUGAAAUUCAAUGGGAGCGGAUCGAUGAGGAUCGAGGAAGAGGCCACCGAGAAGAAUGUAGUUGGAAGGGAGAGUUUUUCGGUGUCGAAAAUUUGGUUAAGGGGUAAGAAGGAGAAGAAUAGUAAGGUUCAAGGGAAAGAGGAUGGUUCAUUGGUUUCAUCAUCUUCAGGAAGUGCAUUCUCUUUCGGGUUAUCGAACCAACGGAGUCAUCCUGAUGCCAAAAACGAAGGCGAAGAAGAGAAUCGAAAGGGCGAAAACGCGUCAUCUUUGGAGGUGAAAACACCAUCUUUUGCUAGGAGGACUAUGCUUUGGCUUGCAGGGAGACAAAACAAGGUUGUUCAUUCUUCUUCUCCAUCUAAUGUCUAG